GCUUUUAUUUUGAUAGUAAGAAAGAAUUUCAAACAUCCUUUUCUAAAAGUGAUGUGAAAAGUUAUGAUAAUACCACAGUAGAAUGUAACGAAAAUUUGAUUACAAACUUUUAUGUUGAUAGUAAUGAAGAAUUUCGAAUAACCAUUUCUAAAAGUAACAUGGAAAGAUAUGAUAAUGCUACAAUAAAAUAUAAUAAAAAUCUGAUUACAACAAGUCUUUACAUUAAUAGUAAUAAAGAAUUUCAAAAACUUCUAAUGUACCUUUCUAAAAGUGUUGUAGCAAGUGAUGAUAAUAUCACAGCAGAAUGUAACGAAAAUUUAAGCUUUUAUAUUGAUAGUAAUAAAUUUCAAAUAUACCUUCCUAAAAGUAAUUAUAAUGCCGCAGUAGAACAUAAUGAAAAUCUGAUUAUGACAAGUAACUUUUAUUUUGAUAAUUAUGAAAAAUUCCAAACAUACCUUUCUAAAAGUGUUGUGGAAAGUGAUAAUAAUACUAAAGUAGAAUGUAACGAUAAUUCUCCAGUAGAAUGUAAUGAUAACUCUGCAGAAGAAUAUGUUGAAAACUUUACAGAAUCCAUUGUUAACCAAAAUUUUUACGCAAAAUCAACACAAGAAAGUACAGGAUCAUCAGAUACUAUUCAUAAAGAUACCAUUAAUAUUAACGUUGGAGACACUUUUUAUUCUUGGGAAAUUGCAGAAACUCAUCUUAAUCAAUAUGCAAGGUCUGCUAGAUUUUGUAUACAUCGUAAACGAGUUAAGAUUGAUAAUAAUGGAGUUGUUCGUCGACAAACAUUUGAGUGUAGUUUUUCAGGAGAGUCAAUUCCCAAUCAAGUAAUUGAUCCAACACAAUAA